AUGUCGAUGUAUCCGGGCCAUCGGGGAAUCGGGGGCGUGCCGCCGGCCAAUGGCGGUGCGGCCCGUUUGAACGAGCUCCUCGAUCAAAUCCGUGCCGAAUUCGAAUCGCACGUGCGGCAGACGGAAACCUAUGAGCAUCAGAUCCAAGCACAAGUGCAAGAGAUGCAGAUGAUUCGCGAGAAGGUCUACCAAAUGGAACAGGCCCAGAUCGGUCUCAAGCAGAAGUAUGAGGAAGAGCUCAAUCUGUUGCGCCGCCAGCUGGAGGGACGUGGAGGUCCGCCUGGACCCAUGAACCCGCCUCCUCAGCAUGUUGCCGCUCCUCAGCCGCCGCCGCCGCAGAUCGGUAACCCGGGGAACAAUUCAAUCAUUGGUGCCAUAGUGUCCGGACAGCCCACUCAGGGCGGACUGGCGCCUCCGCACCAUCCGCAACAGCAGGAGCAGCAGCCUCCUCACAUGCCUCCUGCCCCGCACGGCCUGCAGGGCCCGCCGCCGCCUCCUCCCCCGCCGUCCCAACAGCCUCCUUUCCAGCAGCAGUAUCCUCAGGGACCAGCACCAGGCGGCUUCCCGCCCCAGCCUCCUCAUAGCACCGCGUCUCCGGGACCUAACAAGCGAGCCAUCGGCCGCCCGCCCGCAGCCGGCCCGGCCACGCCCCAGAUCAACACUCCGGUACCCUACAGCGGGCCCGGCCAGUCCCCCCAGGUCCCUACCCAUCCUACACCUGACCAUACCCGCAUGGCGCAGCAUCCGCCCCCUCCUCAGCCACACCCAAAUGCCCUCGGCGACCUCGACCCGGAGCGUCUGCCGAGCCACAUCAAGAAGGUUAAGGACGACUGGUGGGUCAUCUACAACCAGUCCGUGCCGCGGGUUUUGGAUGUCGAGCUCGUCCACACUCUUCAGCACGAAAGCGUUGUGUGCUGUGUGAGGUUCAGCCACGACGGAAAGUAUGUUGCGACUGGUUGCAAUAGGUCGGCGCAGAUCUACGACGUGGCCACGGGCGAGAAGAUCUGCGUUCUCCAGGAUGACAGCAUCGAUCUCAGCGGCGAUCUUUACAUCAGGAGCGUCUGCUUCAGCCCGGAUGGCAAAUACCUUGCUACUGGCGCUGAAGACAAGCUGAUUAGAGUCUGGGACAUUCAAGCAAGGCAGAUCCGCACGACGUUCUCGGGCCACGACCAAGACAUUUAUUCGCUGGACUUUGCGCGCGAUGGCCGCACGAUCGUCUCGGGCAGCGGUGACAGGACGGUCAGGAUCUGGGAUCUCGAGACGGGCGCCUGCAACCUGACGCUGACGAUCGAGGACGGGGUGACGACGGUUGCCAUCUCGCCCGAUACCAAGCUCGUGGCCGCCGGCUCUCUAGACAAGAGCGUGCGGGUGUGGGACGUUAAGAUGGGCUACCUCCUCGAGCGUCUCGAGGGCCCCGACGGCCACAAAGACAGUGUCUAUAGUGUGGCCUUCUCGCCAAACGGCCGGGAGCUUGUCAGCGGCAGUCUGGACAAGACGAUCAAGAUGUGGGAGCUGACCCAGACGCGACAAAUUGGCCAUGGCCAGCAGCCGCCGCUCAAGGGUGGCCGCUGCAUCAAGACGUUUGAAGGUCACAGGGACUUUGUCCUCAGCGUCGCCCUCACCCCGGACAACGAGUGGGUCCUCUCGGGCUCAAAGGACCGCGGCGUGCAGUUCUGGGACCCGCGCACGGGGCACACGCAGCUCAUGCUGCAGGGACACAAGAACUCGGUCAUCUCGGUCGCGCCAAGCCCCGUCGCCUCGCCCGUGGGCGGGUUCUUCGCCACCGGCUCGGGCGACAUGCGCGCCCGCAUCUGGUCGUACCAGCGCGUCGACAAUAGGAGACCGUAG